AUGGCCAGCUACAUCGCCAACAAGGUGACUAAGCGCUUCGUCUCCGGCCAAGCCAAAAAGUACGAGCCCGAAGAUCCGCUGUACGAGUUCUACACCGCACCCAAUGGCAAGCAGAAGCGACGCAAACGCGCACUCCCCCCUGGACUGACCCGCAAACAAGCCAAGCUGCUCAAAAAGAUCAAAAAGCGCGCACACUACCUCGACAAGGGCUUUCACCUCUGCGGUCUGCGCUUCGGAUGGACCUUCUUCAUCGGUAUCGUCCCCGGCCUCGGCGACCUUGUCAAUGCGAUCCUCAAUCACACGCUCGUAGUCAAUCCGGUCAAGAAGGAAUUCGACGAACGUCCGGAUUGGUUGAUCCGACAGAUGGUGUUCAACAAUGCUGUGUCGACGGGAGUCGGAUUUGUACCGCUGGCGGGUGAUGUGAUCAUGGCUGCGUGGAAGACGAAUUCGAGGAACGCGAGGUUGUUGGAGGAGCUGAUGAGGCUGCAGGGUGAGGAGAACAUUGCCAAGGGUCUACCGGAUCUGACGCCUCGCUCGCCGAACGAUCCACAGCCGCUGCAGAACGCUGCUCAGAAUUACUUGCAGGGCGAGGCAGGUGGAGCUGCUGCCGCAGGCGCAAACGCGUCAGUCGGCAAUUCGACUUCGAACCUUGUCCAGGGCAAUCAGUACAAAGGAACAUCGCAAGGUGUUGGACAGGCACAGCAACCCAUGCAGGCCGCUUCCAAUGCGCCUGUAUCUGCCUCGGCCAAGAAGAAAUGGUACUCCCGCUAG